CCGGUGAUCUGCCCCGCUUUUCCGGUCUCAGCCUCGGCAGCCCUGGGCAGCAGCCUGUUCACUCUCCUGCUGCGCUGAGCUGUCAUUGUCGCCUACCGCCACGCCGUGUGUUUCCCAUUGAAGCGAAGUCUACCUUCUUGUUUUAGAACAACACUGCCGACAGCCCUUUCGUUCACAUUAUGACUCUGAGGUGAUACUUAAAAGUCCGGGUGGUUCUGGUGUAUGAGCUGCUGUCAGCGCUACCUUGUGGGAUGGAGGUGGACGACCAGAAGAUUGUGAACAAGGGGCUGGAGGAUGAGAUGGAGGUGUCCGGCUACAGACUGAGCCGUUGGAAGCUACUCCUGGUGGCCCUGGGUGCGGUGGCGAGUGGCGGCUUCCUGCUGCUGCUGCUUUAUUGGCUGCCCGAGUGGUGCGUGAAGAGCACAUGCACACGGAGCAGCGUGCGCGAUGCCCAGGACGAGUUCAGACGGUGGUUCCUCGCCAGGGUACGUGUGAUGCUGGCCGCAGGCAGGAACCCUUUUGACAACCUGGAUUCCCAGACCACCUCAGCCAUGGCUAAUGGCCACACCCCCCUCCCCUCAGGCAGCCCCCCGGGAGAGCUCAUUAGGAAGUUCCAGGCGGAGUACCAGCCUCUGGAGAUCCGCUACUUUACACUCCACAGCACAAAGUACUACUGGAAUAAUGAGGUCCAGAACUUUGAGGUGUUAACGGGACUGGAAGACAUGGAAGUGACGUGCUCUUCUAUCCACAUGGAACACAGCACGGGACUGGCCAGAAGCCAGCAAGAGUAUAGGAGGUUAUUUUUCGGAAUAAACGAAAUUGCGGUGAAAGUGCCUUCUGUUUUCAAGCUGCUAAUUAAAGAGGUCCUGAACCCUUUCUACAUCUUCCAGCUUUUCAGUGUUAUUUUAUGGAGCGCUGAUGAAUAUUACUAUUAUGCCAUGGCCAUCGUUUUAAUGUCCGUCAUAUCGAUAGCUACCUCUCUGUACACAAUCAAGAAGCAAUACAUUAUGCUACACGACAUGGUGGCAGCACACAGUAUCAUCCGGGUGUCCGUCUGCAGAGCUAAUGACGAAAUCGAGGAGGCCAUGUCCACUGACCUUGUCCCGGGUGAUAUCAUAGUCAUUCCGACCAAUGGGACCAUCAUGCCUUGCGAUGCCGUUCUGGUCAGCGGAACCUGCAUAGUCAACGAGAGCAUGCUUACGGGUGAGAGCGUGCCCGUCACCAAGACCAACCUUCCUAACCCUGGGCAGGUGGCCAAGGGCUCUGCGGGCGACAGCACCUACAGCAUAGAGGAGCAUAAGAGGCACACUCUGUUCUGUGGCACGACCGUCAUCCAGACGCGCUUCUAUGCUGGGGAGCCUGUCAAGGCGGUGGUGGUCCGCACAGGCUUUAACACUGCCAAAGGUCAGCUGGUGCGCUCCAUCCUUUACCCCAAACCCACGGAUUUCAAGCUGUACCGGGACGCCUAUCUGUUCUUGCUCUGCCUGGUGGCCGUGGCUGGCAUCGGAUUCAUCUACUCCAUUGUCCUCAGCAUCCUGAACAAGGUACCGGCUGAAACCAUCAUUAUCGAGUCGCUGGACAUAAUCACCAUCACGGUGCCCCCAGCGCUGCCUGCCGCGCUGACCGCUGGCAUCGUCUACGCACAGCGCCGCCUCAGGCGCAUCGGUAUCUUCUGCAUCAGCCCUCAAAGGAUCAACAUCUGCGGCCAGAUCAACUUAGUCUGCUUUGACAAGACGGGCACCCUGACUGAAGAUGGCCUGGACCUCUGGGGUAUUCAGAGAGCAGAGGAUGGCCGCUUCAAUCUUUCUGAGUCGGACCCCUUCAAGGAGUCUCUGGUGCAGUCACCGUUUGUGGCCUGCAUGGCCUCCUGUCACUCGCUCACCAAGAUCAGUGGGGAGCUGUCUGGGGAUCCCCUGGACCUGAAGAUGUUCGAGGCCACGGGCUGGAUCCUGGAGGAAGCCACGGAGGAGGAAACAGCCCUCCAUGACCGCAUGAUGCCCACCGUGGUGCGACCGCCCAAACAGCUGCUUCCCGUGCAGGCCGGGUCCGACGAUCGGGACAUGGAGCUACGGGAACUGCAGUCAUCCUACGAGAUUGGAAUAGUGCGCCAGUUCCCAUUUUCCUCUGCGCUGCAAAGGAUGACUGUGGUGGCCAGGCGGCUGGGGGAGAAACAUAUGGAUGCUUACCUCAAGGGGGCGCCAGAGAUAGUGACCAGCCUCUGUAAAAAAGAAACAGUCCCGGAUGACUUUUCCACAGUUUUGGAGGACUAUACCAAGCAAGGCUUCAGAGUAAUUGCUCUAGCACACCGUCAGCUGGCAUCAAAGCUCACCUGGCAUAAAGUGCAAAAUAUCAGCAGGGAUCACAUUGAGAAAAACAUGGAUUUCCUGGGGCUGAUCAUCAUGCAGAACAAGCUGAAGACUGAGACACCAGCGGUCCUGGCAGAUCUCCGGCGGGCCAGCAUCCGCACCGUGAUGGUCACGGGUGACAACAUGCUGACCGCUAUAUCGGUGGCACGAGACUGUGGGAUGAUCCCACCACAAGACCGGGUCAUCAUCGCUGAUGCCAUCCCUCCCAAAGAUGGGCAGGCUGCCAAGAUCAACUGGCAUUAUGCAGAUAGCCCUGUUCAAAACUCCAGCAAGAGUGUUCAAGUGGAGGAAGUGGAAAUCGGCAUGCAGGAUGACGAAGCUGAGGAGUCUAGGUCUCAGGAGCAGUACCACUUUGCCAUGAGUGGAAAGUCAUUUGCUGUCAUCACAGAGCACUUCCCAGAUCUGGUGCAGAAGCUGGUUCUUCACGGCACCGUAUUCGCCCGGAUGGCUCCCGAUCAGAAGACCCAGCUGGUGGAGGCUUUGCAGAGCGUGGAUUAUUUUGUUGGAAUGUGCGGCGAUGGAGCAAAUGACUGUGGUGCCCUGAAGAGAGCUCACAGCGGCAUCUCUUUGUCUGAGCUGGAGGCCUCUGUCGCCUCCCCCUUUACCUCCAGAACACCAAACAUCUCCUGUGUACCCAACCUCAUCAGGGAAGGACGAGCUGCCCUCAUCACGUCCUUCUGUGUGUUCAAGUUCAUGGCCCUCUACAGUAUUAUUCAGUACAUCAGCGUGACUCUCCUGUACUCUGUCCUGAGCAACCUAGGAGACUUCCAGUUCCUUUUUAUCGAUAUUGCCAUCAUUCUCCUCAUUGUCUUCACAAUGAGUUUGAACCCGGCUUGGAGGGAGCUGGUGGCUCGCCGCCCCCCAUCAGGCCUUAUCUCCAGGCCGCUGCUUUUCUCUGUGAUGACCCAGAUCCUCAUUUGCCUGGGUUUCCAGGCCCUCUCUUUCUUCUGGGUCCAGCACCAGAGCUGGUAUGAGAAGUGGACACCGUACAGCGACGCCUGCAACGCGUCUGAUUUUAGCAAUAUGUCAAAUCACAACGACACAGAGAUGGACGAGCACAACAUCCAGAACUAUGAGAACACAACUCUUUUCUACAUCUCCUCCUUCCAGUACCUAAUUGUUGCUGUCGUGUUCUCCAAAGGAAAGCCCUUCAGGCAGCCAAGCUACAAAAACUGGCCCUUCGUGCUGUCAGUUCUCACCCUUUACUCUUUCCUGUUCUUCAUCAUGUUAUAUCCAACCUCCACUAUCGACGACUUCCUGCAGAUCGUGUGUGUUCCAUUUGAGUGGCGAAUGACAAUGCUUUUCAUCAUUGGGCUCAACGCGACUGUAUCCAUCUUCAUGGAGAUGCUCAUCCUUGACAUCAUCUUAUGGAAACUCGUGUUCAGCCGAAACAAGCAGGGCAGCUAUGCCGUGACCCCUGCUUCACAGUCACCUCAGUCAGCCAUUGAGUGCUGGGGCUCCAAGUGGCCCUUGUGGCUUUGCUGCCGGAGGAAGCAGGUCCCAAAGGCACGCUACAUGCACCUGGCCCAGGAGCUGCGCAUCGACCCUGACUGGCCCCCCAAACCCAAAACCAUCACCGAGGCCAAGACACCCCCAAGUCCUGAGAGCCGAUCCUCCCACAUCCAGUCUGCCUCCUAGCACUUCCUCUGGCCUAUGGGCUGAGGUGACCAAAAAGAGACUGAGAUAGUGGAAUGGUAAGCACUGAACAUAGGCAGUGACCUCUGGAAAGCAGAGCCUCUUCAGUUUCUUGUGCUCGCUUUGCAGCCUGCGGCAGAGCCACUCCAACUAGCAUUAAUCUCCCAGGUUAUUGCUGCUCUCCUUCAUAAUGUAAGGUUGUGCUUUUUGGAUUCUCAGGCUGGGAACUGUCAUUUCUUGUGCUUUUGGGACUCUUCUCAUGCCAUUGCUCAGUUUCAGAAAAAAAUCAAGAAUGCAAAUGGAUUCUGCAAUGGGAUUUUUAAGAUGAUAUCAAGAUUUCCUGUGAAAAUCAUACUUUACACACUGAGAGCUUAAAAAUGGUUAAGAAUUAAAACUUGGGAUCGGCCAUGGGAAAAAACGACAUGUAACCCGAGAACGCACUGUUUAAAAAAAAUAAUAAAAUCUCAAAAAAUGCAGAUAUGGCUUCAUGAUGCAACAAGCUGCUGAAAUGCUGUCAGCUCAUGCUGUCAUGGUUCUUAGUUAAUACUGAAAUUGAGAUGUGUAUUUUCUAUAUUUCUUCCUGUGGAAGAACAUUCUGAAGUAUGAUAAUCAAGAAUAGCCAGGCAUUGUGAACAGAACCCUCAUUACAGAUGAAACUAUGGUCUGUUUUCCAAAGUUCCGACAAAGGUGGUGUGGAACGAUGACAUGUGGCAGCCUGCCACCUCGUGUUAUCCGGUGAGCCCAGUAACUACAUCCAGUAGAAUUCCGACACAGCAUUUCAUUUUAUCAUUUUCUUUUAAAAAUAAAUUGUUUGCUUUUCAAUUACUAAUAAUGGCACAAAUUGACAGAUUGUCUUAUUGUAAUGGACAAAGUAAUAACAGAAAACAUGGAGGUAGCAGCGAUGUUAGGGAGCGGGGAGUUGUGCUUGUGUCAUUUGCAGAGCACUUCAGGUCACUUUUGACUGCUUUUUCUGUCAGUUUAUUACUAUUUUCAUAGCAAUUGUUAAUUUCUGACUGGGAGAGAACUCUACCUUGGUGCAUGGUAGUGAAAACAUAGGCCAAAGCUGACAGCAUGUGCAGUGCUUGGGGCAAUUACCUAAUGACCCAUCAGGGGAGCUUAGACUGAAUUGAAUUCAUUCUCAAAUCAUGUUCAUUUUGUUGGAUUUAUCAAUUAUCAAAUGUCAGUAAUUGUGGGAAACGCGCAACAUAUGACCUGAAAAAAAUGUUUAUAAAAUUUAUUUUUGUUUAGAAGUGGAUCUAAGAGGUUUCUUUUCCUUUUUUCACAAAUUAUGUUGUAACACAGAAAAAUGUUCUUGAUGCACAGGUGAAGAACCAAAUCUGAGAAAUGUGCUUCAGCUUGUUCUUUUAGUCUUGUAUGUAAAUGACCACCCUGGCUCCCCUUGUUAGGUAAAGCAAUAAGACUAAGUGGAAACUCGUGUGCUUUUCCUGUUUGUCAAUAGGACAAGAUGUUAGCAGUGGGUUUUGGAAGAAAAAAAAAUGAAGCUGUCUCUUAUCAUUGCUGUUUUGUAUACGUUAAUUAUGUUGUACGAUUAAAUAGCUUUUGUAUUUAAUUAUUGAAUUGUAUCCACUCUCCAUCAGAAGUAGUAAAUAUUCAAAACUACUCUACAGUACUUUUUACGUAUUUACAUUUUCAUUAGUCAAGAUUUUAUUACAAAAGCAGUUCACUUUCAUUAUGUGUACUCAAAAUCAUCACAAAUAACUUCAUGGAAUUCAUCUACAGUAUUUUAUUUUUAAACCAAUGAAAUCAAGACCAAAUUUUGAUUUGGUGGUACAAAAGUUUUGAGUUUUGAUAGUGUAUAAGAUCACAAGUAUAUAGGCUUCGCUGCUAGUACAGUUCAGCUUUGGAUCUUGGAAAUUUUUAUUGAAUUUAUUGCCUCAGGUAAAUGUAAAGAAAACUGCAAACAUUGUAUUACAUAUAUGGAUCAUUGUAAUAAAUGCUUUUGGUAACUUUCUCUUUUCCUUCUGGAAGUUCAGAAUUAUGCAUUUUUUUUCCUAAAUAUAUGUAAUGAAUUUGCAAAUUUUUCUACGCGUAAUUUAUUUUUUAUUUAUUUUUAUUUCAUUUCCAUGGGCUGUAUUUCUAAUUUUGAAAGCUUGAUUCCUGUUUAUUUACUCUUUUUUUAAAUAAACAUUAAGAAAUUGUA